GGCCACGGCAGCCAUGAUUUCAGACAUGGAAGAGCCCUCCCACUCAUACGAAAUAAAAAUCUCCAUUAUCGUCAAAGCAGCUCCAAGUAAUGGCAUUCACGGAUCACAUCACAUCUGUUCCUCAAAGUCACAAUUUUCACUUCUUCAAUCUCUCUCUCUCUCUCUCUCUCUCUAUAUAUAUAUAUAUAUAUAUAACGUUUUCUUCAUCACUGUCGUUCAAGAAGGGGAAUCCCUGUGGCAGUGCCGUCUCUGAAAAGUAGACUAGAAAGUUCGCGAGGAGCCAAUUCAUGGCGGGGAACACCGGAUUCGGAUCCAAAAUCAGCACCGAAAGAUUGCUGCCGUCCGCGAAACAGGACUUCUUCGGCGCCGACUAUGAUCCGCCCUUGUGGUCGCCGUGUCUCCGUUCAUUCGCCGAUCACUUCGCCGAUUUCUGCUCCGCUAUUCGAAACAUCGCGAUCGAGUCCUACCGGAUGGGCCGCUCCGAUCCGCGGAAGGUCAUAUUCGCGGCGAAAAUGGGGUUCGCGCUUUCGUUUGUGUCGCUCCUUAUUUUCUUCAAAGAGCCGCUUAGCUACAUUGGGAAAUACUCCACCUGGGCCAUCCUCACCGUCGUCGUCGUCUUCGAGUUCAGCAUAGGAGCAACACUCAGCAAAGGGUUUAACCGUGCUCUGGGGACACUCUCAGCUGGAGCUCUGGCUCUGGGCAUUGCUGAACUAUCGAUUCUUGCUGGGCCAUUCCAAGAAGUUUUUAUUAUAAUCAACAUCUUUCUCGCAGGAUUCUGUGCAAGCUAUUUGAAACUGCAUCCAGCCAUGAAGCAGUACGAGUACGGAUUCAGGGUGUUCUUGUUGACUUACUGUAUUGUGCUGGUAUCGGGGAGUUCAAAUUUUGUCCAAACAGCUGUUUCUCGAUUGCUGUUAAUUGCCGUUGGAGCUGGUGUCUGUUUGGCUGUAAAUAUUUUCAUCUACCCCAUUUGGGCAGGCGAGGAUUUGCACAAACUACUCGUGAAAAACUUCAGGGGCGUUGCCACGUCCUUGGAAAAAUGCGUCUAUGGAUACCUGCUGCGCCAUGAAUACGAAAGGAUCCCUUCAAAAAUUCUUACUUACCAAGCUUCUGAUGACCCAAUAUAUAGCGGUUACAGAUCUGCUGUAGAGUCUACAAGUCAAGAAGAUUCUCUGUUGAAUUUUGCUGUCUGGGAACCACCUCAUGGACGGUAUAGAAAGUUCAAUUAUCCUUGGAGGGCAUAUGUCAAAGUGAGCGGUGCAUUAAGGCACUGUGCGUUCAUGGUCAUGGCAAUGCAUGGGUGUAUACUUUCAGAAAUACAGGCACCCUUGGAACUGAGGCAGAUCUUUCAUGAUGAACUUCAGAGGGUUGGGGCUGAAGGGGCAAAAGUGUUAAUUAAGCUUGCAAACAAAGUAGAAAAGAUGGAGAAAUUAGGGUCUGAAAACAUACUCUCUGAAGUGCAUGAAGCUGCUGAAGAAUUGCAAAUGAUGAUAGACCAAAAAUCAUAUCUUCUGGUUAACUCAACAAGUUGGGGAAAUGGAAUCCAGCCCAAGGAGUUUGAAGAUCAAAACAACCUUGAAGUGAAGGACCAUGACAAUAAACAUACAGUUAUUAACUCUCUUAGCGAAUUAGCUCUCAACCUAAGAUCAACUUCCACAUCGAGACCAUUUGAUCCUCAUAAUCCAAGCAUGAGUAUGAACCGGUCCCUUCUGCAACAGGGUUCCUCAGAGGAUGUUUUCAACAAACCCAUAUCAUGGCCAUCGCGACUCUCAAUUCAUGGGGAAACCAUACUCAAUGAACGUGAAGUAAGGACAUAUGAGAGUGCAUGCACAUUGUCAUUGGCAACAUUUACUUGCCUUUUGAUUGAGUUGGUUGCAAGGCUCCAAAAUAUUGUGAAUUCUUUCAUAGAGCUUAGUGAGAAGGCAAAUUUUAAAGAGCCAGUAGACUAGCCAUCAUCGAAGACAAGGCGGUUUUUGGACCAGGUUGCUUAGGUGCAUUGUUUUGGAGGACUAAAUUCGAGUUAUCAGACAUGCAUUAAGGUCUCCUGGAAGCAUCUCUUGAUUAUAGGUAACUUGAUGUAUUCAUUCAGAUAAUCAACUUGACUUCUAUGACAAUAAUCAAGAACUUCUGCAGUGCAAGCUCAUUGGAGAGUACCCUAUAAUCUAGGUUCUAGUUUAUACAAACAAAAUCUUGCAGGUUCAAAGAAGACAAACAAAUACGAAAGCGACGACUACAGGAUAGAUCUAAGCUGCUGGCAAAUGUGUGAGUGUGAAGAGACCUGGUCCAAGUAACAGUUGUGAAUGGGAAUAAAUUAUCUCGGUUCACCUCUUGUAUUACCUUUCUUGAGUAUGUUGAAAAACCUAGUUUUAGGAACAGUCCUGAAAGGCAAAAAUCUUCAUAAAUCUCAUAGCAUUUCCUUUUCUUUGAUUAGAACCCUGAGGAAGAAAUUCUAAAAGAAGAGUUUUGAAGCCUGUAAUGUGAUAUGGUGUCAUUAUUAGAAUGUAGCUUUUGUGUUAAUUCAAACUUCUCUUGGAAAAUGGAGGACAAAUCUGCAUCAAA